AUGCCAUCAGGCCUCGGGUCAAGGAACAACCACUUUGACGCUAGAAGAGCAGCGAAAGAGGAAGCUGACGACCUUCAAUCUUCCCCUCGAUUGCGUCCUGAGGAAGAGCAUCUUCUUGUGGGAAAUCCGAAAUACAAAAGCAGUUUGAGACGUCGCAUUCAAUUCAGACCAAGCAUCAGUUAUUCUCGAGUUGGUAGUACGGUUCCAGAAAAGGAGUCAUGGACUUCAACGUCAACCGAAGCUCCAUUUGGGAUGCCUGAAAGACUAUAA